ACUGUUGUGCUCACUGUAUAUCCCAAAGGUAGAUGGCAGUACAAGAAUGAUUCCCAGUGGAUCAGUUAUUAGCAGCACAGACUGUAGCUCUCCAGCAUAAAAUACCUUAUCUGUUAUUGACCUUUAAAAACCUUUUCUGUUAUCAGAGUGCAUGGCCUUGGUAGUUUAUGCUGUACGGAGGUGAAGAUCACUGGCAUUUUCUCUGCAGUUAGCCAAAUUCCAGAGUCACGUUGCUAUUCCAAGAAUUAGAAGGCAAGAAUAGCAUUAAAGAGAGGGGGAAAAGAUGGACCAAAUGCAGAAAAGAAGAUGGACAACAUGGGGAACUGGCUUCUUGGAUUUUUAAUCAGAAUUUGAAAUGGAGUGCCGGGACUAUUUCAAGUUCUUAGUAGUUACUCAGAACCAUGAUAAAGGAAACUUGGCUAGAAAUUAUAACGUAUUUGAGGAAGAAGCUCAAGAGGAUACCAUCAUGGAUAACUAGCCAAGCUGGACUCCUUUGGAUUACCUGAUUUUGGGGACAGUAAAAGGGCAUGGCCUUCACGCCGGAUGACCAUCUGUUUAGAAGACACUCUAAGCACCACGGCAACAGUGAUGACCUAACAGUAGAAGUAAGCCUUUGGAGAGCAGAGAAAGUGCAGGGCCCCUUGGUUCUGCCUGGGAAUGGCCAGGAGGAGGAGAUGGAGGAGGCUCCAAAAGCUGGGAUGCGGCUGGUCUGUCGGAAGCCUGCUUCUCCUCCUGCGCUGGUCCUCCCUCCUUUGGCCUCCUGCUGCGGCCGACACAGGGUGCGGCACACCGGCCAGCUUUGCUCCCAUGCGCUCUCUUCCUCAGGCACCUGAAGCUACAGUGGAACUCCCUUGGAUGGUGUCUUUGCAGGACCUGCAGGGCAAACAUCUGGCCUUCGGUAGCUUCCUGAGUGAGCAAUGGCUCCUGAGCAAAGCCUCCGGCCUCCGCAACAGCACCCAGGUCCUGGCCCUGGCCAGUGUCACGGGUCCAAUGGGGCCCAGAAGCCUGCUGCUGCCCAUUGAUGUCAUCAUCCCUCACAAGGACUUUGAUGAACUCACGCUGGACCACAACAUCGCCCUCCUGAGAAUAGCCGCCCCGAUCCAGAUCGAUGAGACGGUGUGGUACAUCUGCUUCCCGUACCCAAACUUUCCCCCAGAAGCUCUGCAGGACUGCUGGGUCGUGGGCUGGCUGCACCCACAGACAGGGAGCAGCUCUCCACAGAAGCUCUUGGUGGAAGAUGUCGAUCCUUGUCCUCUGCACAGGACCAUGGCCACAGAAUGCUGCAGCCACAGGGAAGGUGACAAUGUGUCUGGAUGCCUGGGUUAUCCCGGGAACUCGGUCGUGUGCCAAGCACAGGGGACUGGGCAGUGGGUGCUGAAGGGAAUGCUGACCGAUGGUGGCGCAAGGUGCUAUGGGCCAUUUCUUUACACCCGGGUUGCGUAUUACAGCGAUUGGAUCAUGGCCACCACAUCCCGGUGGGGCUCCCCUGUCUUUCCCAUCCCUCUCAGGAGACAUUUUGCCUCCCAGGCAGAGCACCGGCAAGAGAUGGUCGAUCCCUUUAUUGACGAGGAGGACCUGGGCGACUGGGAGGCCCCAAGCGCUGUCUCAGAGGACCUUCCGGGCCUCAAUGGGACAGACUGGCUCAAUGCAAGCAACCAAGGGCCCAUCGAGUCACGGGCCAAGUCUGCUCCCAUCUACUACGACUACUACAGUGGGGAAACCUACCCCAUUUCGACUGCAGCGUUAGGCCAGCUGCCAUGGGGAACUGGAGGCAUCUUCUCUGCUGGCUUCCUGCUCCAUUGUCUGACUUGGUGGGUGACUGUGCAAGGCCCAGACUAGUUGUCCUUGGGCAACUCUGCCAUUGUGAGCCUCUGCUUGCUUUUUCCUGGAAAUUCCUUUGCAGUAACUAAACUACAAACCCUCCUUAGGCACCAACACUGACCCUAAUGAUACCACCAUACUCCAUUGAAAGAAAC